AUGGGUGAUGAGAGUAGGGAGAAGGGUGAUGAGAGUAGGGAGAAGGGUGAUGAGAGUAGGGAGAAGGGCGAUGAGAGUAGGGAGAAGGGUGAUGAGAGAAGGGAGAAGGGAGAUGAGAGUAGGCAGAAGGGUGAUGAGAGUAGGGAGAAGGGUGAUGAGAGUAGGGAGAAGAGUGAUGAGAGUAGGGAGAAGGGUGAUGAGAGAAGGGAGAAGGGAGAUGAGAGUAUGGAGAAGGGUGAUGAGAGAAGGGAGAAGGGAGAUGACAGUAGGGAGAAGGGUGAUGAGAGUAGGGAGAAGGGUGAUGAGAGUAGGGAGAAGGGGGAAAGGGGAGAUGAGAGUAGGGAGAUGGGUGAUGAGAGUAGGGAGAAGGGUGAUGAGAGUUGGGAGAAGGGUGAUGAGAGUAGGGAGAAGGGUGAUGAGAGUUGGGAGAAGGGUGAUGAGAGUAGGGAGAAGGGUGAUGAGAGUAGGGAGAAGGGAGAUGAGAGUAGGGAGAAGGGUGAUGAGAGUAGGGAGAAGGGUGAUGAGAGUAGGCAGAAGGGUGAUGAGAGUAGGGAGAAGGGUGACAAAUUCAAAUAUACCUACCAGAGCAACUUCAGCUUUGUUCGGAAGUGCAUGGGUGAUGAGAGUAGGGAGAUGGGUGAUGAGAGAAGGGAGAAGGGAGAGGAUAGUAGGGAGAAGGGUGAUGAGAUUAGGGAGAAGGGUGAUGAGAGUAGGGAGAAGGGUGAUGAGAGUAGGGAGAUGGGUGAUGAGAGUAGGGAGAAGGGUGAUGAGAGUAGGAAGAAGGGUGAUGAGAGUAGGGAGAAGGGAGAUGAGAGUAGGGAGAAGGGUAAUGAGAGUAGGGAGAAGGGUGAUGAGAGUAGGGAGAAGGGUGAUGAGAGUAGGAAGAAGGGUGAUGAGAGUAGGGAGGAGGGAGAUGAGAGUAGGGAGAAGGAAGAUGAGAGUAGGGAGAAAGGUGAUGAGAGUAGGGAGAAGGGAGAAGGGAGAAGGGAAAGGAAGCGCAUGGGUGAUGAGAGUAGGGAGACGGGUGAUGAGAGAAGGGAGAAGGGAGAGGAGAGUAGGGAGAAGGGUGAUGAGAGUAGGGAGAAGGGUGAUGAGAGUAGCGAGAAGGGUGAUGAGAGUAGGGAGAAGGGUUAUGAGAGUAGGGAGAAGGGUGAUGAUAGUAGGGAGAAGGGUGAUGAGAGUAGGGAGAAGGGAGAUGAGAGUAGGGAGAAGGGUAAUGAGAGUAGGGAGAAGGGUGAUGAGAGUAGGGAGAAGAGUGAUGAGAGUAGGGAGAAAGGUGAUGAGAGUAGGGAGAAGGGAGAUGAGAAUAGGGAGAAGGGAGAUGACAGUAGGGAGAAAGGUGAUGAGAGUAGAGAGAAGGGAGAAGGGUGA